UUCCAUUGGUGGCGGCACAGGUGACCGGAGACGCGCCGAGCCGUGACAACAACUCGACAGCCCGAAACAUAUUUCACGCGGCGUGUGGAAGUAUCGAGAAGAAUAAUAUUUUACUAACCAACCUCAGCACUUUGUGUGCCCGAGGAGUGCACGAGGGACGUGUUGGCGCGCUCUUUCCCCCUGACUGACUGCCUUCCUUCUGACCUUCACAGCUGCGUCCGGACAUGUAGUCAGCAGCAGAGGCACAGCAAAUUCCUCUUUGAAAACUACAUUUUUCCUCUUAAACAAGCUUACACUACCUCUCGGACUGGACUGCGGUGGACUGACUUCGUCUCGCCCUCCCCUGCCCCCUCGCCCCCCAGCAAUGGCCUCACGCAUUGGUCUGCGGAUGCAGCUGAUGCGAGACCAGCUGCAGCAGGAGGAGCAGCGCGAGCGGCAACAGCAGCAACAUGCAGCCUUACAAUACAUGCAGCAUCGCAUGGCUGCACCAGCUGCCCCCAGUGCGGCCAUUAGUACCCCCCAGAACUACCAAAGCAUGCAGGUCCCAGUGGAGAUCCUUAAGGUACAGACCCACCUUGAGAAUCCCACCGACUACCACAUCCGUCAGUCUCGGCGGCAGCAGGUGAAAGAGUACCUCUCUACCACCUUUGCCACCAAACAGAUGGUUCACGCCGUAGCAGGCCCCAUGCCGCCCUCUCCUCCUGCAGCCAUGGGGCCCACGGGGGGCUCUGCCUCCCUGCCCCCUCCCCUCCAGUCUCCACACAGGCGACCGGAGCAGCUCAUGAGCGGCAACAGCGCCCCCAACAGCCCCAUGGCCAUGCUCAACAUUGGCUCCAGCCACGAGAAAGAGAUGGAGGAGGUCAUUGAUGACAUCAUCAACAUGCAGUCCAGUUACGAUGAUAUCCAGGCCUACAUAGACCCCAUCCAGAUGCCCAACACACUCCCCCUGUCCAGCAGCCACCUGGAUGUGUACACCGGUCCUGGGAUGAAGGGGCCGGCCAUUGCAAUGACCAGCAACUCCUGUCCGGCCAACUUGACCAUCAAACGGGAGCUUACAGAAGUGCGUGCCAUGGCCAAGGAAAGACAAAAGAAAGACAACCACAAUCUAAUUGAAAGAAGACGGAGGUUCAACAUCAACGAUCGUAUUAAAGAACUUGGCACAAUGAUUCCCAAAACCAAUGACCUAGAUGUGCGCUGGAACAAAGGCACCAUCCUGAGAGCGUCUGUGGAUUACAUCAAACGCAUGCAGAAGGAUGCACAUAGGUCCAGAGAGGUGGAAAACAACUUUAAAAGGAUGGAAAUGGCCAACAAGCAGUUGAUGCUUCGCAUUCAGGAGUUGGAGAUGCAAGCUCACAUGCACGGCCUUCCCAGCCCCUCCCCAUCGGGCAUCAACCCAGGUGACAUAAUGGCCUCGUACAUAAAACAGGAGACCAGCCCAGAAGAGAACCUGUCCCACUCCCAGACCCAAGCUCCACACCAGCACAUGUCCCAGAACCAAGGCCCGGCCCACCCCCAGCAGCACCACUUCCUCCCGCAGUCCCACCUCCAACAACAGGCUCCGCCUCCGCCGCCCAGGCAGAUGGGCAUGCUCCCCCAACACCUCCAGGCCCAGGCCCCCAUCCAGUACCCGGCAGUAGGCAGCUCCCAGCCCUUUGACUUUGCCCAGUCGCUGGACUUGUGCGACGGCAUGCAGGCCUUCUCGGACGGCAUGUCGGGGCUGGGCGACCUGGGAGGACUGGACUUGCAGGGCCGCAGGGGAGACAUGGGCUUCCUGAUGAUGGACGAGCCCUUGUCCCCCAUGGGUGGGGACCCUCUGCUCUCCACCAUGUCCCCAGAGGCCUCCAUCGACUCCAGUCGCAGAUCCAGCUUCAGCAUAGAGGAUGGAGACAUACUGUAGACGCACACACACACACGCACGCACGCACACACACUCACUCACACACAC